AUGUUUGCGGCGUCUGGGAAGGAUAGCUUGGCGUCGACCAUCCGCCGAAUCGCAAAUGACCCAGAGAGGCGUACAUAUAUGGUGGAGGAGGAGAUCAAGCGGACGAAGGAGCUUCAACGUAAAAAUCUUCAGGAAUAUGAAAACACAGUUUCUUCCUUGUUAAUCUGUUUGGAAAACUUUGACGUGGUGCGGAAGGACGCGCCAGAGAUUCCGUGCGCGCUCACCGUGCUCGACAUAUUGCUUAGGCUGGACUUGACGACGAUUCAGAUGUCGCAAUGCAACAGCUACGCCAGACUGUGCCUCUGUGCGGUCAGCGACACGUCCAUCGCGCCGGCGGCGGCGCGAACAUUUGUUGAGACGCUUCUGACGAGUAUGACCUCCGACUUUGCCCGUGUGGAGAUUGAUGAGACGCUCUCGUGGAUUGAGCAGUCGGACACCAGCAUGCGGGCUAGGAGGAUAUGCGGGUUAUUAGUUCUGGAGCAGGUGGCGCUGCGCAUUCCAAUGCUGAUCCUGCCCAAGCUAGGCACUCUCUGUGAGAAGUUGUGGGGUGGAUUGGCCUCGUCGGAUGAGAUGGUACGCGACACCUCCGCACAACUGUUUAGGACGUGUGGAAAACUACUUGGUAGCCGCUCCCCGACACUGCGUGCGAAAACGGUGGACACGCUGCUGUCUCAGCUCAAGGCGAAGCUUGCCGCAAAGUCACGCGAGUCCAACGUGGCUGGUUUGCUGGCCUUUGAGACCGUGGUGAUGAGCUCAAUAGGUGGUUCGUCGCAGCCACGGUAUGAAGACUUGUCCAUUAUGUUAGUACCCUAUAUAAUGUCAGGUGGGUCCUCGGCGAACUCCGAGCUUAUGCGGAAGCUUCUCUUUCACUGCCUGGUUGUGCUCUGCCGGUACAACACGACAUUGUUUAUAAUUAAUCACCUGAAGGAUACGGUGAGUUUUGCGCUUAAGUCUAUUAGAAACCUAUUUCAACACUGUGCUGCCUUUGAUAUGUUCAGUGAAAUUAUCCCGAUGGUUGGCAAAGUGGCUUUUAUGCAGUUUGUAAAGGAGACAUGCGAGGCCGUCCGCUUUAUCUCUGAAAAGUCCCCUACACCGUGUUGGGAGUCCCUGAAAUGUUUCUCAGUGAUUUUUAGAGAGUGCCCACACCCGGACGUCGAGAGUUACAUCGAGCCGUGCAUUGAAAAUGUCUUUAACUGGGGUUUGUCCUCGCAGCUGAUUGAAUGCAUGCGGGAUAUUAUCGCCUCCUCCAGCGUCAAGGGCCGGACAAAGCUGGAGGAGGCGCUCCUCGACAUGAUCUCUGUGACGCUGUGUGGCCUGCCGUUUCGCCAGGUGACGGGGACGCGAACAAAGACGGUGACUUACCCCGAGUCUGAGCCAACCGAGAGCCAAAUUGUGGUGGCCCUGAAUGCGCUGAUACAGUUUGGUUUUUCCGACUCUGAGCUUAUGGGUGACUUUCUCCGUGACUCGGUGCUCCCACUCAUCGAUAGCCCGAGUGCGAGCGUGGGGAGGGCCGCCAUUAGCACCAUUGUCUCUCUCCUAAUCCCACCCGGCAUAAACGGAGAGUUGACGAUGGCCCGUAGGAUAUGCGUGGAUAUGAUUGUCUCACGCAUGCUCGUUGUUGGACUGGCCAAUCCAGACCCGGUGAUACGCGCGGCGAUUCUCUCCUCCUUCACCCCGUCGUUUUACCCGUACCUGAGUGAGCUGCAGUUCCUGACGCAGUUGUUCUCGGCGCUUGGGGACGAGGACAUUGACUGCCGCAUCGCCGCCACAGGACUGCUCUGUCGCAUGGUUAACCACGACCCGUCGCACAUAUUGCCCAUUUUACGUAAAGAGAUAUUGCACAUUUUCUACGCCCUUUCUACCGAAGAGAAUGGAAAUAGCAUUCUGAACGGAUUGCUCUUGUUAGACGCAGUCGCGUCCAGUGCCCCGCAAUUUGUGGUGACCUUAACAGACGGUGUCAUUAAAGUCCUUGGACGCCACCUCACAGCUCUGGAGGCGAACUCGCCAAUUUUGCAGCCACUGCUUCGCUGCUGCACCUCCGUGGCUCGUGCGGUGCGCUUUUUUGGGCACAACAAACCUGUUUUCACAGCCGAGGUGGAGCGAGUGUGUGAGUUGUUAGACUUCCUGCCGCUCGACACGGAGUUUGCCGCCUCGCGUUUGUGGUGCCUGCGAUUCAUUGGUGCCACACUGGGUCCUCAAAUUGGGGGACGUUCACCGUACGAUGUCUACCCGCAGCUGUAUCGCCGCCUUUCUGGGAUAUUAAGGAACAGCGACGAUGACCUGAAGCUUCGCCUCGAGGCGCUACGUUGCGCUGGGACCAUUGGAGCUCUGGACACAAGUGUCUUUCAGUCACUGAACUUGGGCCACGAUGCGCAGCAAACGAAGUUGGAACGAAGCACCUCACAUACACUUAGUCAUGCCAUGUGCUGCCGCCUUGUGUUGCGCGCCAUUGCCUCGCUGCUCGACCCAGGUGAGAAGCGCGUCUCAGUAAGCAAGGACUCUUUGCUGCGCGUAGGCAUUCAAACUAUUCUACACAUUGGUGAAAGCUGCCCAUGCUCCCGUGCCGGGAUGGCGAUCGUGGUCCCCCCUGUUGUACGUGCGGCCAGUGAGCUCGGCCCUGGUCGCCUCUUUGGCGUUGUCUUGUAUGAGUUGACGCAGAUUGUAAAGUACGUGGGCCCGGCGUUGCUUUCGGACGUGGCGACGCUCUAUACCUUUUGCGAUGUGGCGUGGGAGCGGUGCCCUGUCUAUCGCUUUCUUGUCGUCCGCCUGGCGUCAACGAUUGCUAGCCUUCGGGAAAAGGGGGACCAGAAGUACCGGCAGGGCGACGCACGUGUACUUCCCGUUAAGCUUGACGCCCUAAAUGACGUCAAUUCCUCCGAGUUUUUGCGGUACGCCAUACUGGAGUACGUUGUGAAGCACACGGAGACACUUUAUUUCUGUGCCGAGAUUGUGGUGACGAACCUCCUUCGUGCCACGCAGGGAAACUCUGUAGAGUUCGUGGUGUACGCCGUGACGGCUCUUCGGACUGUCUGCUGGACGCUGAACGUUGAUGAACUCACCGGCGUCAUUGUGCGGGGACUGCUCUCUGCGCUGCGGAUGCACUCCCCCGCCCUCACGCGGGACGCGGAGUACACGUCUUUUACCAACCGAAUCAUGAGUGUCUUCUGUGUGUUGAUGGUGAAGCUGCAGGGCGAGUUUAUCAAGUACUCCUCGGAGGUUAUCCGGACACUCAAGACACUCCGCAUCUCCCACGCCGAGUUCACGACGUUGCAGGGGCUGCUGCUGAAAGGAUUUCGCUGCGCCCUGCGCGAGAGUUCAUUGGCGGAGUAUCACGAUCAGGUUGUCUCGCUUCUAAAAAAGUGUGCGUUGAUGGCCACGCGAGGGAUAUCGUACCUUGGAGAGGUGUGGUCUGCGCGAAACAACGCGGAGGACGCAGCUGUGGUAUUUAGCGAUGACGAGCGUCCGCUUCCCCUGGCGGAGAAGCGGAUCAUUAACACUCUUAAGACCACUCCACUCACGAAGGAGGAGUGGCUUCGCUGGAUUGAUCAGUUUUCUAUAUCUGUCAUGCAGGAGUCUCCCUACCGUGUGUUUCGCUGUGUUUCACAGCCUAUUGGCACCAAUGCAACCCCGCUUGUGGAGCGAUCACCGGAGUUUACGCAGGAAAUCUUGCGCCUCGCGUUUCGUGCGCUUUGGAGUUUUGGCAGCGCCCUUAUUCGCUCCUCCAUCCUAGACUUCUUCCGGCAAACGCUGCAGCAACCCGCUUGGUCCUCCACUGUGCCUGACGACUUCGUCACCGGCAUGCUUUCCCUCAUCGAGUACAUGGACGUCGUCGGGAUGACGCUUCCGAUUGCGGCAAGCGACCUCUCCGAGUGUGCGUGGCGCCGAGGAAUGCUCGCAAAGGCGCUUUACUGGCGUGAGGCCGCCUACCGCGAGGAUCCUGCAAGCACAAUAGAGUCCCUCACCAUCCUGUACAGUGAGUUGCACCAGACUGACUCCGCGGUGAGUAUCCUCGGUGGGGCGAGCGAGAAUCAGAAGCGCUACCUACUGCAGCAGUCUGAAAUUUUGAAACUUGCGGGGUAUACGGAGGCGCUGCGGCUCACGCAGCGCGAGGUCGACAAGGACAUGAUGGGUUCAGAGACGAGCAGUGAAAGCCUCGUGAAGCCGUUGCCGUACCGAUCGAAGAAUUUUAGAAGGUUUUGUGGCGUCGCGGGCCGUUCGAUCUCCGACGGCAAUGCCUCCUUUCGUGGUGAGGACGCCGCGCUUGACCUCCAGCUGGAGCGGGGGGUGCGACAGAUGAUGAGCCUCAGCGAGUUUGGCGACUACGACAAGGUGCUGCAGCAGUGGGAGGAUUUGUUUAAACGCUACAAGGGGAAGAAGGUGGAGAGUGAGGAAAAUAUCCUUUUUUACGUCUCACAGUAUGCCGCAGACGCCUCCAUCCGGCUGCAGUCGUGGGGCACGUUGGAGGACGCGCUGCUGUGGAUGCCGCAGGAUAGCGUGCACUACCACAUCUCGCGGGCGGCGCUGAGUAUUCACAAGGGCCAGUACGAUGAAGCCUCGUUGGCGGUAGACGAGGGCCGCAAGCUUUUGCUAGAUGAUCUUGCCGGGCUUUUGCAUGAGUCCUACAUAAGAGCCUACGAAAGUCUUGUCGUUGCGCAGAAGUUGUCCGAGUUGGAGGAGGUGAUGACGGCGAAGCGCGCCAAGGAGACGGCGUCGCUGCAGCACUUCUGCAGCAUUGCACGUCUGUGGAGUCAGCGUAUUUUGAUGAUGUCGCCCACGGUGCCCGUGUGGAAGCAGGUGCUCAGUGUGCGGGGCCUGCUUAUCCCCCCAAGCGAGGACGUCACGACACAACUGCGUUUUGUAAAACUCUGCCGCCGCGAGAAUGCGAAGCAGCUGGAGCGCUUCACCUUGUUUCAGCUGCUUGGCUCCCGUUGCCCAAACUACGAGCAGCUCAUGAGCCCCAGCGCCAAUCCACGUGUAGUGAUGCAGUACAUCAGCUUUCUUUCCGCAAAUGGGGAGUUGGGGCCAAAGAGUCCGUAUGGCCUUGAGAGCGAUCUGCUUAGAAAACUGAUUGACACGCACUCCACGGUGGAGAACGCGACGCUUCUCUCCCGCGCCUAUGCCCGCCUCGGCACCAAGGCCGAGCUGCAGGAGGCGAUUGAAUGCUACAAGGCCGCGACGCUGUAUGACCCCAACUGGUUUCACGCCUGGCGUAUGUGCGCCGAGGCGAACGUGGAGCUGCUUAACAUAAACUACUCCGACGCGGCGUACGCCGGCGCAAUUGAGGGGUACAUUCAAAGCAUCAAGUUGGGAAACUCCGACUCCACCAUGAUCCAAGACGUGCUGAAGCUGCUGACGUUGCUGAGUCGUCCCUUGGACUCCGUGGAGGGGCUGCGAAAGUUGCGUGAACGCGUCUUAGACGUCUCCGCACGGGCGUGGUACUUGGUGGUGCCCCAGCUCAUCGCUCGCCUGGACUCUGGGUCCGAUGACAGCUGCCAACUCAUUGCGGACAUCUUGACCCCAGUGGCCUUUGAUUACCCGCGCUCCCUGCUCUACCCACUGAACCUGUCGGCCAUGUCUGACUCUGAGCGGCGCAAGAGGCUGGCACACAUGAUUCUCGAGAAGCUGCAGGCCAAGUUCCCCGUCAUCGUCCUUCAAGGUCGUCUUGUUAUUGAUGAGUUACUCCGCAUCUCGGAGUUGGUGUACGAGAAGUGGUACGACCAGCUGGACGCCGCCGCCAAUGCCUUUUUUGGCCGCCGACACUACCAUGAAAUGGUGGAAAGCUUGCUGCCCCUGCACGACGAGCUGCAUCGGUCGCCGGAGACCAUUGUCGAGGCAGAAUUCACCUGCAAGUACAGCAGCAUUCUGCAGGAGGCACAUGAAUGGCUGCAGUCCUACACGCGAACAGGGUCUGUUGCAGACUUGCAUUCUGCGUGGCAUAUCUAUCACCGCGUGUAUCGACAGAUUGACGAACACAUACGAGCCCGGAAUCGAUUGCGGUUGCCGUUUUGUAGCCCGAAACUUUUUGAGGCGAGGAACCUUUCCGUAGGCAUUCCGGACGCCAUGCCGACGGAGGAGGGCAGUGUCUCCUGCAUUGCCUCCUUUAACGACACCCUGGUUGUGAUUGCGAGUAAGCAGCGACCAAAGCGCCUAAGCGUGAUCACCACGGAGGGGAAAAAACAAAAAUACCUCCUAAAAGGACGAGAGGACUUGCGGCUUGACGAGCGUGUGAUGCAGCUUUUUCGGCUCGUGAACACACUUAUGAUGUCGGACUCACGAGCCUGUAAGAAUUCCGGGUUUGAGAUUACGCGUUACUCCGUCACUCCAUUGAAAGACACUGUGGGCAUCAUCGGCUGGGUGAGUGGCUGCGACACCCUUCACGAGUUGGUCAGUAAGUAUAGGACGUAUCGCGGCGUUCCGGUUGAGUUGGAGUUACGAAUGUUAAAUCAAAUCAUUGUCUUUGACCAGCCCAGGGCAUAUGAUUUUCUCAGUGUGAUGUCAAAGGUGGAGGUCAUGGAGUUUCUUGCCGAUCAUACGACGGGGCAUGAUAUUCGCAAGGCGAUGUGGGCUUCUGCUGCCAGCUGUGAGACUUGGUUGGAGCAGCGACAGGCGUUUACCACGUCCUUGGCAACCACAAGUGUGGUGGGGUACAUAUUAGGUUUGGGCGAUCGCCACCCAAAUAAUAUCAUGAUCCAACGUACAUCUGGGUUAAUGGUCCACAUUGACUUUGGUGACUGUUUUGAGGUCGCCAUGACGCGCGACAAAUUUCCGGAAAAGGUCCCGUUUAGACUCACCCGGAUGCUGCGCAACGCGUUGGAUGUUUCGGGUGUUGAUGGGGCGUUUCGCACAAGAGCAGAGAUAGCCAUGUGUGUCUUGCGUGACGGCAGCCACAGCGUUCUUGCCAUACUGGAGGCCUUUAUUCAAGAUCCACUGAUCUCGUGGCGCCUGCUGAACCGGCAAGGAGAGGAACCAGAGUCGUCGACACAAGGCCGGCCUUUUGAGCAGAUGGAGCCAGGAAAACUCUACUCACCCGCUGUGUUCAGAGGGGAGCCGCCCAGGGAUAGUGUCUCAACCGAGGCUAUACGAACCGCCCGUUAUGCAUCUGUGCGGGAAGAGAUUGACAUCUUCCACAAGGGCGUCACCAUCUUUGGGCGUGUGCGUUCAAAGCUAAAGGGUGAAGAUUUUCUGCACACGACAUGGUCCGCCGCAAGCAUGAAUCCAAAGGUGCAGGUGGCCCGUCUCAUAGUGGAGGCGACAGACAUCACAAAUGUCGCGCAGUCCUGGUCUGGUUGGUACCCCUUUUGGUGA